CUUCGAGCUCAACGUGACAAUUUUGGCUCUCAAAUAUUAAUUGACAUGCUUAAUAUGAUGCCAGGGCAUGUCUAGCCACUGUAAGUAGUAAACAAUUUCAGAAAUUAAUAUCCCGUGAACAAUUUUAGUCAUAGUAGAAGAUCAUUAUCUUUGCAAAGGCCGAUCAGAUGUUUUUCAGGCAGCUCUAUAUGCAUACAUUGUGUGUCUAUAAAUUGUCAAGCUUGUUGUUGCACUCCCGGGAAAGAAAAGAGCCCAAAUGAUGGUGCAAACACCCCGACAAGCCAAUAUUAAGCGCUGCUUGCAUGAAUAUUGUUCAAGCGUCACAUGAGCCAGCGAGUGGCUGCACGUGCAGAGCGCACGGCAUCUCCAGCGUGAGAGGAGGCGCCGGCUAGUGCGCAUGUUUGAGAGCCACGAGAUAGAAAGAGAGAGAGAGAGCAAGCCACCGUCCACACACUUUUCCUUUGGUGUUUGCUGCAGUUGGCUCACAAUAGGUGAAAACGGAUUCGGAGUCGCUGAGGCAGCUCACACCAGAAGGGAUCAUCAGGUUUGGUGUUUCAGCACUGGACAGCUCUCCACUUGAGUACUUGAUGUGGCAAUCUGGCUCAGCUGAUGGGAAGCUCAGACAUGUAGGACUUUGUUCCACAAGUGCUGCCAAUUUGGAGCCUCGAAUGAUGACCAUCCCCGAGUUCCUCCUGGAAGUGUCCAUCGUGGUGAUGGCUGUUGUUUCCGUGGUGACCAACAUGUCAGUGCUGCUGUGUUUCACCCAGAGCUCAGAGUUGAGGUCCCAUGUCCCGGGAGUCUUUGUCCUGAAUUUGUCUUUUUCCAACAUCCUCCUGGCUUUCAUCAACAUGCCCUCCACCUUUUUCGGGGUGGCCAAAAGCGGAGAGCCCUUUGGGAACUUGUUCUGCCAACUGGUCGGCUUUGCCGAGACUUUCCUCACCACCAACAGCAUGCUGAGCAUGGCGGCUCUCAGCCUGGACAGAUGGAUCGCCGUCAUGUUUCCUCUGAGCUAUUCCAGCAAGAUGCGCUACCGGGAUGCCAUCCUGAUGGUGCUCUACUCCUGGCUACAGUCCCUCACAUUCUCUCUCACUCAGCUGCUCAUGGACUGGGGAGGCUACAGCCCUACGUACGCCUCGUGCACCGUUCACCUGGCCACAGAGGGAAGGUCGCAGCUGGCUGCCUAUGCCACCUUCACCGUGCUGCUCCACUGCAGUAGCUUCACUUUCAGCCUGGCCGUGCUGUGCUUCUCCUACCUCAAAGUUUUGAGAGUGGCCAAGUCCCACUGCAAGAGGAUCGACGUCAUCACAGUGCAGACUCUGCUCCUGUUGGUUGACAUUCACCCCAGUGUGAAAGAAAGGUGUUUGGCAGAACAGAAGAAGAGGAGGCAGAGGGCCACGAAGAAAAUCUGCAUUUUCAUCGGUUCCUUCGUCUUCUGCUAUUCACCAUAUGUUAUAACAAGGUUAGUGGAGUUGUUGCCCUCUGUGCACAUCCCGCAGUACUGGGGCAUCACCACAAAAUGUUUGUGCUACGCAAAGGCUUCAAGCGAUCCCUUUGUCUACUGUCUCCUGCGACAUCAGUACAGAAAGGUCCUGAUACGUAUCAUCGGCUGCUUUCUGAGAAAGGAUCAUUACUUGCUGUCUGCCAGCAGCUGGAGCAGCACAUUUGAUACCACAGAGGACAAUUGCGCCAGAACAACAUGAAUUCAGUGUGCAGCUCCUUCUAAUGAGGCGGCAACUUGCACCCCUUCUGCUCAAUGUUUGUCUGGAAGUAGGUCCAGAGCAGAUGGAAGGGAACCCGUACGUUGCUCAAGGACACUUCCACUGAGGGCUUGGUGCUUUGUGAAGACAAAGUGUGACCAUUUUAUUUAUUUAUUUUUUUGUGUCAAGGACAUGGAACAAUGUAUGCCGAAUGCAGGCACGCACAGUUGUGAUGUGUGUCAACCAUCCUUUGAAACUCUACAGACUGUUGAUUUCCAUAGGGCUGAUCAGUUUGCCUGCAGAGGCACUUCCAAGGACUUCUUCAUACAAGCAAAUGUACACAUUAUACAGUACGCGUUUACAUCAUCAAUGUUAUUGUACUGCACACUAACCAACUAUGUUGAAUUUGUAAAGAAAUGUUAUUUCAUUGCAUAGUAUCACAUUCCAUAGACUCAGACAACAAUGAAAUUGACAUGGAAUAUUGUGUCCAGUGCCAUGCGUUUGAAAUUGUAUGAUUGUACCAUAUGACAACACAAAUGCCUGUUUAAAGAAUAAACUGGCACUUAAUCAAGUAAAAACA